UGUACCCCGACGUCUCUUCCCAGUGUUUGUGCCGGGCUGGACCCGGGGCUUUCCUCUUUACUUCCCACACCUCGUCCCUGAAGGCUCUGCCAGCUGCUCAGAGGCGCAGGCCAGCGGGUGGGUGUUGGUGUGGGCAGCGGCGGACGAGGUCUGGAACGGAACGCCUCUCGCGGGCAUCUUGUUUACCACGUGGGUGGUCCUCGCCCUCUCCGCCCCUGCUCGAAUGCCCUCGGGGAGGUGGCCCCGAUGGACGUGGGGGGUGGUGGUCCUGAAUUCCUUGGGAAUCGGUCCGAGGGCACUAUACUAGGGCUCUCCCUGCACCCUGUCCCUGAGCCUGAGCUCAGUUCAUCUCAGAAGUGAAGAAUUGGAGAGAUGAAUGACUAAAGUUUGUUGUUGGUUGUGUCGCGGAGAUGUUGACAAGCCGCCGCCAUGGCCCAGACUCUGCAGAUGGAGAUCCCAAACUUCGGCAACAGCAUCCUUGAGUGCCUCAAUGAGCAGCGGCUGCAAGGCCUAUACUGUGAUGUGUCGGUGGUGGUUAAGGGCCAUGCCUUCAAGGCCCACCGGGCUGUGCUGGCUGCCAGCAGCUCCUACUUCCGGGACCUGUUCAAUAGUAGCCGGAGUGCAGUGGUAGAGCUGCCAGCGGCCGUGCAGCCACAGUCCUUCCAGCAGAUCCUCACAUUCUGCUACACAGGACGGCUGAGUAUGAAUAUGGGUGACCAGUUUCUGCUCAUCUACACAGCUGGCUUCCUGCAGAUCCAGGAAAUCAUGGAGAAGGGCACUGAGUUCUUCCUCAAGGUGAGCUCCCCAAGCUGUGACUCCCAGGGCCUGCAUGCUGAGGAGGCCCCGUCGUCGGAGCCGCAGAGCCCCGUGGCGCAGACGUCGGGCUGGCCGGUCUGCAGCACGCCGCUAUCCCUGGUGUCUCGGGUCAAGACAGAGCAGCAGGAGUCGGACUCCGUACAGUGUACACCUGUGGCCAAGAGGCUGUGGGAUGGCAGCCAGAAGGAGGCUGGAGGUGGCAGCGGGGGCAAUGGCAGCCGCAAGAUGGCCAAGUUCUCCACGCCAGAUCUUAACACCAACCGGACGCCCCAGCCAGCCCCGGUGGUUGCAGCCGUGGUGGCAGCUGGGGGCAUGAUGAGUGGGCCUAGCACAUCUGAGCGGACCAGCCCAGGCACCUCAAGCGCCUACACCAGUGACAGCCCCGGCUCCUACCACAAUGAGGAGGAUGAGGAGGAAGAUGCAGGCGAGGAGGGAACAGACGAGCAGUACCGGCAGAUCUGCAACAUGUACACCAUGUACAGCAUGAUGAACGUUGGCCAGACAGCUGAGAAAGUAGAGGCCCUUCCUGAGCAGGUGGCCCCUGAGUCCCGCAGCCGCAUCCGGGUGCGACAAGACUUGGCAUCUCUCCCUGCUGAGCUCAUCAACCAGAUUGGCAACCGCUGCCACCCCAAGCUCUAUGAUGAGGGGGAUCCCUCAGAGAAGCUGGAGUUGGUGACAGGCACCAACGUGUACAUCACAAGGGCACAGCUUAUGAACUGCCAUGUCAGCGCGGGCACGCGGCACAAGGUUCUGCUGCGGCGGCUUCUGGCCUCCUUCUUUGACCGGAACACGCUGGCCAACAGCUGUGGCACUGGCAUCCGGUCUUCCACCAACGAUCCCCGACGCAAACCACUGGACAGCCGUGUCCUCCACGCCGUCAAGUACUACUGCCAGAAUUUUGCCCCCAACUUCAAAGAGAGCGAGAUGAAUGCCAUCGCGGCUGACAUGUGCACCAAUGCCCGCCGUGUGGUGCGCAAGAGCUGGAUGCCCAAGGCAAAGCCGCCCCUGGCAGAGGGUGAUGCCUACACUUCUUUCAUCAAUGACACCGGCAAGAUGGAGCCAGACAUGAUGGGCAUGGAGCACAGCUUCGAGACGGCCAGCCAUGAUGGCGAGGCGGGCCCCUCGGCAGAGGUCCUCCAGUAACGCAUGGGGCCCUCCCCGCGGGCUGUCACACUCCCUUCCUGUCACACACCCACCACCAUCUUGGUCACGAGCUACUGUCUACCCCUCCCCACAACCCGCGGGGGGCGCUGCAUGCUCCCAGCCCCUCUGCCUCACUGUUCCCCCCCUUCCCCACUGGAGCCAGGUGGAGAGGGUGGGCCGCCUGGGACACACGUGCAGUAGGGAGCCCUGUCCACCUCCUAGCUCUCUGGUCAUUCCAGCUCCCAGGCCUGGCUUGGGGAGGAGCCGGCCUGGGGGGCCCUGGGGACUCGGGUUACCUGGGUGCUCUCAGGACCCCUCCACCAUCUCCCAGUGCUUCCAUGUCUCCAAAGCGCCUUCCUGUCUCUGUCCCUCGUCUGUCCCUGUGCCUGGGGGCUGGGUAGGCGAGGCUGUGGGACUCUACUGCACAACUAGGGAACAGGCUCAGAUGAGGCCCAGAGCAACCCUGAAGCCCACAGAUGGAAGGUGGCCAGGGUGGCCCACACCCCUCUCCUGGCACUGCCGUUUUGUUACUGUCAUCCCAUAGGUCCCCUGGGGCCCAAGUGAGGCUGGUCCUAAGUGAGGGGGGCUCUUGAGGAGCGACGGGUCUCAGAGGCCAGGAGAACGGGGUCUUGGGCUCAGCGCUUGUGGAUGUUCACGUGUGCGUGUGUACGUUUGCUUUCAGAAUAGAUGGAGGUGGGAAGACCCGGGUUGGACUCGGGGGAGCAGGAAGGGUGACAGAGUGGUCACCCUUCCCCAUCAGCACCCUACCCCUCAGCAGGGCUCCCAGCCCCUCGCCCCCUGUACAUACUUUUUAAGAAUUUUUUUAGUGAAUGAACUAUUGAAGCAUAAGAUUUCCUUUUAUUUUUCAAACCAACGGGACUGUGUCUGAGGUCCCCCUGAGGGCCAGGGGGCCAUGGAAGGCAGGAUAAGUGGGCAGGCUGAGUGUGUGCAUGGGUGGAGUAUGGGUGCCUGGGCCUCAGUGGGUCCAGCUAGCCCCUCCCUUCCCCACCCCAUGGCUGCAGUGUUUUGGGGUGUCCCAGGCCUUGGCUGAUGACUGAGCUCAGUCCUGGGGAACCAGGGGAGGACCUAUGUCCAUUGUUAGCGGUUGUUUGUGGAAUUUUUCUCUCACCAUUCCUUUUUUAUUGCCCUGAGUGAGUGGUUGUGGUUUGAGUUGUAGAUGUGAACACAGAGGCUGCCCCCAGUCGUUUCUCCCCCUGCACACUUGCUCAGCCCUGCCAGCCCUGCCCAAACCCCUGGCUCCCAGCUCCUCUUCCCAGGCAGGGGUAAGGUGGGGGUUGGGGCCAGCGGUGGGUGGGACCCAGGACUGGGCCCUGGUUUGGAGAUGGUCCCCAGCCUGCCAGGUUCCCUCCUGACAUCGGCUUGGUGCCGGGUGAGGGUGUUGGGCCUGCUCCCUGGGUCCAGCCCGGCACCUCGGCCCUGGGGUACAGGGGGGUGGGGAGUCGGCACCCUCAGCUAAGCACAAGCACCUUAGUCGCACUCCCCCUCCACCCACUUCAGCGCUGAUCCCAAAGCACAAUGUCCUGGUCACUUGGCAGGCAGCAGGCCCUGAGGGGCCCCAGCCAGACCCCAGAGAAAGCAUAGUCCCAGGAGCUCCUCCUCACCCAUUCCCACUCUUCCUCUAGCGGGGUGCCCUGCAGAGCUGGGUGGGUGGCAGAGGCCCUGGGUUUCAGGGACCCCAGGAGGUGCUCCUGGCUCCCUGGGGGAAGUGGGGGAGGGGAAGGGGUGCAGGGGAGGAGACUCCUCACUAGGAGAGCCAAAGACAGGGUUGUGCCUUACCCGGGAGCCACCCCUGCGCCCACCGCUUGCCAGGUGGCCAGCUGCCCAUCCCAUCCCUGCCCAUCCUCCCAGUCCUGCUGAGCUGCAUGGUCCCCCCACCCUGGGCAGUCCGGAGGAACAGGAAAGGAAAAUUCCAUCUAGAAAAGCAAAGGACCCUUGGGCCCUCUCCCCAGCUCCACUGGCCGCCCACACCCUUCUCAGGGGACAGGUCACCCCCAUCCACGUGAAGUGCCAACGCCCUCCCCGUCCCGGGCCGAACCCCCACCCCUCCCUGGCCCGAAGUGAGAUUGCACAUUAACUACUGUAAGGAGCGGAGUGGGCGUUAGGAAAUGUGAACCUGACGAGAAUAAACAGACGCCUUUGUAACAGC